GGAUCCGGUCCCGCUCCGAUGUCAGUUUGAGUCUGGUUUGGUCAAUGACUCGACGGUCCAUAUCUGGUCCGAUCAACGACCCGAAGAUCCGAUGCGGUCAUUCACCAAGCGAUCCAUGUCCGAUCCAGUCGACGGUUGAGCAAUCCCGGUCUAGUCCGGCCGACGAACCGACAAUCCCUGUCCAGUUUGGUCCAUGACUCGGCGGUCCCUAUCCGGUCCGAUCCACGACCAGGCGAUACUUGUUUGGUACGAUCGAUGGUCGAGCAAUCCCGAUCCAAUCCGAUCCGGUCUAGAAAAGGACUUGGCGGUCCCCGCCCGAUCCGGUCAAUGAUGUGACGAUUCCCAUCCUGUUCGGUCAACGACUCGGCGGACCCCAUCCUAUCUGGUCAACUACUUGACGGUCCCCAUCCUUUAUGUUAAAUGACUUUACGCUCUAUGUUUGGUCCAAUCGACAAUCGAGCAGUCCCGGGCCAGUCCUGGAAAUGACCUAAUGGUCCUUUUUUGGGCCGGUCAAUGACUCAAUGGUUGAGUCUCGGUUUUUCGAAAUCACUAUUUAAUGUGAAGAGUUCUAAAAGAGCCGUUGAGUUGUCAACCAAUAGGAAAAUGGGAAAAGAAUUCAUCAAACUAACAAUUGAGAGCGACCGAGACCGGCCGAUUUUGGUCCCCACUUUCCUAUACGUGGGACCAAUACCCUACUUGGGUUGUACUAGGUUCGAUUCCGGAUUGGGAUCGUACUUUUGAUCUUUUGGUCGGUCACAGAACCAGGUGAAAAAAUUGUAUGAACAUGUUUUCAGAUUUAACAAUGAAAAACUGAAAAAUAAAAAUAAAAAAUUAGAGAUAAAAAAACUGGAAGAUAAAAACAGAAAAUUUAAGAACGGAAAACAAAAGUAGAAAACUGAAAAAUAUUGUUAGUAAAUAGACCCUUACUGUUUGCAAACAACUCAAUCCUAUAGUGGGAACUCCCAACGUGAACUAAGUUCUAAUCUAAAAUAGAAUUGAAAACCUGGCACUUCACUUAGAGAGUGGCAUAGCUCACAUUGGGCACUAAAGAUUAACUGACUGCAAAGUGUUGCACAGGGAUGAACUGGGUCUGGGCGACCAGACCCGAGACUGAUUUCCGGAUACCAAUACCGGCUCGAUACCUAGACUAGCGUAGAAAUGGGACGGGCUCGAGCAUGAUUUUUUGGGAUCGGACCGGCAUAGAAACAAGACGGGCUCGAAGCUGAUUUUUAGGGACCGGACUGGCCGGUCCCGAGUCCGACCCAACUAAUAUAUUUUUAAUUUUUUAAAAUGAGAGAGCUGGCCCAACCCAGAACCGGUAUUGUUUGGGCCAGGACCAGUACCAGUACCGAACCAAACCGGGUCAAUAUCGAGCUUCAAUUAUUUAGAACUGGGAUCAGGCCCGACUCAGACCAACCCGGCUCGAUGCCUAGUGUUGCAUAAGAAUAUUUACCAACUCUUCAAUGGUUAAGGUCCUUGAAUCUUUGAUCCUCAAGAUUUGCCUCUACAGUCAACUGUGAUGAAAAAUCAGGAAAAGAAGAAAGCACAAUUUCUGGGUAUCCGCCUGGGAAGACUGCUUCUGGAGCUGGGUUGGAUCCUACUGAAGCAGCACGUUCUACAGGUGCAGGGGUAUCUCACUCAAUGGAGAUUGUUAACUCUGGGAAGGAUCCUACUGAUAAACCUGGGCAGGCUGACCCAAACAAAUCAAUGACAAAAACUGUUGAAGCUAACAUUGGCAGUAACAUUGGGGAUAUGCAGACUAACUAUGUGCAGCCUACUAAAGCUUGGUCUACACUUUUCAAAGACAACGGAGACCCCUCAAACGGGCUCAAAUUGAGGUAUAUCCCGCCAAAAGGCAAUUCAUUAGACUUUGUUGAUAGGAAUUUACCCUCCAUGGUUGAGAUGUGGGUUUUUUGCCUUGUUGGACACUUUACUGGAAAACACCCGGCCUUGAGGCUGUGUAUGCCUUAAAAACACAUGGGGUGUUAGGUGCAUAGUCAAAACCCAUCAAAAGGGGUGGAUAAUUUUUAAGUUCCGUAACGAAGAAGAUAGAGAUAAGGUGUUGAAGAGGGGGGGCCUUAUACCAUUUAUGGGAUUCAACUUAUGCUAAAAGCACUCUCCGAAGAUUUUCGUUUGAUGAUGAUGAAUUUCUGAAGGUUCCGAUUUGAGUUAAAUUUCCAAAUUUACAUAUGAAACUUUGGAAUGGGGAUGCGAUGAGUGAGGUUGCUUCCAUGGUUGGGGUUCCAUUAUCUACGGAUAAAGUAACCCAGGAUAGGAGUAAUCAUUUCUAUGCUAGAGUGUUGAUUGAAGUUGACGUUUCCAAACCACCAAUGCUAUCAUUUCCUAUUCGACUACCUUCCCGUAAAGUAGUCAAUCAGUAUGUGGUUUAUGAGACCUUUCCUAACUACUGUUUCCAUUGCAAAGAAUAUGGGCACCAGCCAUUUAUUUGCAAGAAACUGACAACUAAAGAACGGGAAAUGGCGGAGCUAAAGGAAGAAAAUGGGAAAGAUAAGAACAAGGAAGUUGGUAUUAUAGAAGCUGUUGCACAUGAUACUUUGAAGGAAAACAGUGCCACAAAACCUGAUACGAUGCCUGCUGCCCCAGAACCUGCUAUUGCGCUGGAACCGGUUGCCCCGGUGGAACCAUCUGCCCUGAGGGGUGCAUUGACCAGGGUACCUGUGUCGGAGAUACCGCUGGAACCUGUACAGGAACCCCAGACGGUAACUGCUAUUCAUUCUGCCGCGUCGGAUGCUAUGACCACCGUUUCAGGGGAAGAGGACCCGCUUAGCUGGCUGCGGGUACUGCCUAGCAGCUCAGAUGUUAUACUUUGAGCGUGUUUGUGAGUGGGGAUAAUGAUGGGUUGAGGAGGGUUUUUAGAGACUCUGCUGUGAUUUGUAGGGAUUUUCCCCUCCAACUAGUGAUUUUUGAGUUUGUUAUCCAGGGGCCUGUCCCGGUAUUUACACUGAUGAUUGUUUGGGAAGUUUAUAUCUAGGUUAGUUAAUCCUAACUUAGGUAGUGGUUUUCUGAGUACUUUGAUACAUUGUAUGAUGUUAUUUUUUUGGGUGUUUAAUAUAAUUACCUUUCAU